UCAGAGCACACGAACAGAAACUACCAACCCUCAUUUAUGGCCGCGAGCUGUGGUGUCAAACCAUGAGGCGAACUUGGGAAGGACCCAGAGAUUAGCAGUUCUGCCUCUCGGCUGGCUUGGUUGGUGCCAUUGGUGGUGAGCCGGAGAAGCAUAAAAUGGAGAGGGAGAAAAAUCUGCAUCAGACAGGGAUGCAUUGAAAGGUCCCUCCCUGAUCGGAUGCAAAUCAACAUGUAUUCCAAAGAAGGACUUCAGCAGCCUGAGAAUGGAGGAGAAGCCAAGGUCGUCUUACAGGCACCAGCUGCUGCAGGCUUGGUGCAGUCUCCUCACCGUGGCCAUGGUGAUUAUGGCUGUACAUCUCGCUACAAUGAAUCAGAAGCCAGCGGAGGUUGGAGUCCCUACACCAGAGACCAUCAACUCAACUCAUUCAGGUCCCAUACAAAGGCAGAUUCAGGAACCUUUAAAGUCAGGAAGCUCUCACUCAUUCAUCCAGCUGCACCAGCGUAAUGGACGUCUGUCUGUAGAUCUUGGGGGGAAAGAGUCCCUUACCCUGGGUGGAAAGUCCAUCACCGUCCAGAAAAACGGGAGCUACUUCUUUUACGCCCAGGUGACCUUCAGGGAAGAAUUAAGGCAGGAGAGACGUGUGCUUGUGGAAAGAACUGGCUUUCAUGAUAACAAAACUAAGAAACUGGCUGAGGGCAUCUACCCGGCCUCAACAGAGAACUCAGUGUGGUUGGCCAAGAUUGUCAAACUUAGACCGUGGGACAGGGUCAGCAUAAAUAUAACAGGUGAAAUUCUAAAUGACCAUACCUACUGGGGUGUCAUCGAGCUUCAAUAGAACUGGUGGUCUGGUUGGACUGGUAUGUUAGUUGUGGCCCUAAAUAAAUCUGUUAAAAUAAAAGCAAACUGGAUUUUUGAGCCAGAUAUUUAAAGUGGAAAUAUUCUGCUCAUUUCCAGAUGUAUAUUUUUAACCUUGGACUCACGAUUUUAAAUAAUGGUUGUUUUUUUUUAUUUUGUAAAUUAUUUGUUUUAGCCAUUCACUUCUGUUCAAUAAUAAGUAGUUUGUGAGCGCCCUCUGCUGCACCACCAUCUGAACUGCAGACAGUUUUUGUACAGCGAUAGGAAGUGAAAUUUCUCUCCUAGAUUCCCUCUGUCACUCCUGAUAUGGUCAUAUUAGGAAUUACUGCCUUAUAUGACGUCAUACAUAUAAUUUAAUAUACGGAAUACCUGUACAUAUGCUGACCUCAUUUUUUAAAACAUUUUUUAAACACUGGUACUGUUUAACAUGUUUAAGUAAUAUAAAUAUAUAUAAAAGGAAAAGGAAUGGGUCCCCUUUAACUCUCACAAUAUUUAAAAAAAUACUGCAGGAAUUUGAUCAUGGUCUACAAUUAUUAAAGACUCUGUGGCUAACAUGGAACACUACAAUAAAGAAAAAAAACUCCAUAUGCAGGUUUUAAUAUAGACUUUACUAACUGACACCUCGUACUCUUAAUAGGCCACAUCUUCAUAGUAAAUAAAGGUCAAACAAUCGUAUACUGCAUCAGUCCAACCUGAACAGUUUUAAACAUGCCAGCUGGUUCUGAGUUGUUUUUGAAUUUUUAGGCCGACAUGAAUGUAAACUGUGAAAGUCAUUGGAAUAAUUAUGUUCCUUUUCACUGUUAUCUGCUUCUGUAAUUUAUGUAAUUGAGUAUUCUAUUUUGGUUGUUGAAUUCUGCAUAUAGACGUUUAAUAAAGAGUAUUGUAAACCAU